UAAAAUUACCAUAGCGAUGAGUACUUAUGCGUGGUGGAAUGUCUAGUUUAUCUCUAACAUGACGUAGAACGAGAUUUUAAUCCCCUUUAGACGUUUCUUAAUAUCAAAAGCAUGGAGAGACCCCACUCCAAAGAUGGAUUGUCCCUUCCAGCCAUUAUCAGUAACAGCAACACAGACGACAGGUCAAGUCGUAUGGAAAAUUUAGAGGAUCGUUUGGCUGUUCAGGAAAAGACCACAAGAUCACUCGUAGACAGAGCGCUUUCGGUCAAAGAAGAUAUUAUUGAAAGCUUGAGCAUUGCUCAGAUGAGCUGGCAAGGCGAGAAGAGAGCCAGGAGCUUGCUGCAAGAGCAUAUACGAACAAUAACUACUGUUGUGAAAAGACUGAGUAGGGAAAUUGAAAAUUUGGAAGACGAAAUCAGGUCGAAGCAAAGUCUAGUGGAAGGACAAAGUACGGCUGUGAAAAACUUAGAGCUUCAUCACGUCGCCGGUGUCACGGAUUUGAGAGGACGUGUUGCUCGAUGCGAUGCGGCAAUUCAGAGGCUCCUAUCGGAUACGAGAAGUAACAACGAGGUUAUAAGCGACUUCAAACUAAAGCAGGAACAGGCAGUCAAAGAUUGUCGAGAACAAAUAAGCUCUUUAGAGAGGGGGAUUAACAACUUGACGCUAAAAAUUGAAAAGUAUAUUAUGGACCAGUCAAACAGUCUCGAAAAGUUGAAAGGAGAGUCCGAUCAACGCGUUGUACAACUUGAUUCUAAGACCAAAACAGUUGUUGAGGAUAUCCGGGGUAACAUUUCUUCAAAUCGCUUGUGGGCCGAAUCGGAAUAUUUUAAACUGACUCAGGAUUUUCAAACCAGGCUGGAAAGGUUUGAGGGUCUUAUGGUUGAACGUCAGGAAAAACUAGAAAGAAGGGUGGACCAUUACUUGGCAAAAGUAGAUCGACUUCUUGAAGAUGAAAAGAGUAAAUAUUACAAUAUCUGGGAGGUGAGACUCAAAGAAGUGAGGUCAGAACAGGAAAGGAACCUCCAGCUGUCCUUAAAUCAAGUGAGAGAUGAAUAUAGAAAGGGAUUUAACAAUGUCCAUGAAAGUAUUUCCAGCCUUCAAAAAGUGUUUCAUGCAAAACUGAAAUUGCUGGAAGAUGAUUUGCGCAAGGCAAUUAACAAUGUCGUGAGAAUGGUAGUCCUUGUUUGACUAGUGUUCACUCUGCAAAAGUGAAGUGGAGGAUCUCCUUUGCAUAGAAGUAACCCUUUGAUAGGAGUAAUUUAUAAUUAUGGUCUGUAGAAGGGCAUCAAAUCUAAACCCUGAAAAUCAUACCAAUCCAAUCUCACAUCCCAAAUAGGACAAGUAAGCGUGUGUCCUCCCCAUGCAUGAUCUCCUCUGAGAAACAUAUUAUCGGUUGUGUUGUAGAUUUCAAGAUGAACAAGAUACUAUCAUAUCAGUUGGAAAGAGAAGUAUUUUGUAACUUUGACCAUCUGUGAAUAUUUUUGUCAGAAGUACAACUACCCUAUUAUUAGAUUGUGCUCAUUAAGUGCGUAAGGUUUAUUUUUGAACAACAUCCAUAGACUGUCAAUAUACAAAAAAAAUCCACAAAGUAGGAUAAUUCUUUUCAGGCAUACAUUGUCACAUUUUGUCUAAUAUAAGGCUCAAAAGGUUAAAAACAUUGUUUUAAAAAAAUCACGAGAUACUGCAAGCGUGCUGAAUGGUCAAAAACCAUUUGUUUAUUGCAAACAAUAGACAGCACUUUCUAUCAGUUUAGCUGCUUAAUAACCAACUGGGAUGUUGAGAGAACACUCCAAAAGUUUGUGACUCUCAAGCAAGAAGUGAGUAAUUUGCAAACUUUUCAAGGUUUCCCCCAACAUCCCACAAGGGUUAUUAGGCUGGUAAACUGAUAGAAAGAGUGGUCUAUGGCUUAAAUAUUCAACAGCUAGUGAUAGAAGCGGAUUCCCUUGCGUUGUAAUUUCUACUAGCAUUUUAUGGGUAAGAUGGGAUGCAAUUGGUACUACUACUUGGUCAAAGCCCAUUUUCUGUUGUUGUGAUGAACCCAUCAGUGUACUGUAAAAGAAACAUAGAUGAUCAAGAUGAUGCAAGUUUAGCAGUGGACAUUCCUUGAGGUGGCUCUUCUUGUCCACUGUUUUCAGAUCAAAUUGGAAUUUAGCAUCCUUUUAACUCUUACAUGAUGUUGGCAUAACUAAACAAAAGUUAUUGACUCAUUCCCCAAUGAUUUUCUUGGGUUCUACCAACAUUAUGCACUAGUUAGUGUUACAACAGUAAAUUAAUAAACGUGUAGUUUUU